CCACGUUAAAGCAGUCUCAUGACCGGUCAUGGGCCUAGCACGAGUGAGCCGUCAACCGGCUUCCUUGUAUGUUCUCGAUAGACAUGCGUACGUUUCUUCUCUCGAUGAAACUUAAUCGUUAAAUGUUCGUUUGAACAAUUUUAUAAAAUUUAAUUUAUCAAAUUUAACAAUUAAACCAUGUAUUUUUCAAAUUUGUUUAAUAUAAUUUUAGUGUACUCUGUGCUCUCAGUCAUCUUCAUACCAAAUAUUGGAGGUUCGGAAGAUGGCAAGAAAUCUAAAAGCGCCAGAGCGUUGGAGACGCGAGACGCCGGAGGAGACGACGAUGCGGACGGUUUGGACCAAAGAGAUAAACUCGAGGACGAUGACGAGGAAACGACUAAAGUACCGCCAGGAUUUCUGAGUCCGUCCGUGAGGGAAUACUUGGAACUAGGAAGGUCGAUUCCAGGCAAGCCAGGCACGGACUACCCGGUACUGGCCGUGGUGCCGUACACAGACUUCUAUUGCGACGACCAACCGUACCCGGGCUUCUUCGCGGACGUGGACACCAGGUGCCAGGCCUGGCACUACUGUGACAUCGACGGACGGCAGGCGUCGUUCUUGUGCCCGAACGGCACGCAGUUCAGCCAGGCCGUGUUCGUGUGCGACUGGUGGUUCAACGUGCGGUGCGACCUUAGCAAGGAGCUGUACCACAUCAACGAGCGACUGUACCGGACCACGCCGCGACCGGACAGGCCGCACAGAGUGCUCACCAAGGAGCUGCUCGACCAGAUAUUCCUCUGAUCGGCCACCAAACGAUUUAUAUACAUAAUAUCAUAAUUGUGUUUAACGCCUAUAUAUAUAGAUACAUAUAAGUACAGGAUUUACGAUUUAUACUUUUUAAAUACGCGAUAUAACAAGAGUCCGCGGUCGUUCGAUUGACAAGUAAACAAAGUGUAUCUGGAAGAUAUAAGAGAAAUUUAAAUGUAAUUCCGUAAAUAAAACUGUCAAAUUUGUCAGAUGCACCUCCCCCCCAUGCUUCAAACUCGGAGCGACGUCUUCUCUUUCCGAAAUACUAUCAUUAUCUCAUUUAAAUAACGUAACGGUUUUUAUAAUAAUUUGUACAAUAAUUUUAACUUAUAUAUAAUUAUCCUCGUAAUUAUCCGACAAUAUCUGAAACUAGAAAAGAUUAGGUAAGCGGUUUAUAUAAAUAAGUGCGUAAACGCUCAAUUUAGUUUUUGCUCCCGCGUAAAAUUUUGAAAUAUAUAUGCUAUAAAUCAAUAGUAAACUUUAGAAAGUGACCAUGGUGCCUGCGGCUUAAUACAGCAACCUGUCAACAAAACGUCCACUGCCACCGCGAACAUAUCAUAUUAAAAUAUCGAUAAUCGACAAGACCUUUGACGCACAUAUUUUCUAGAAAACCACGUACGCCCACAGCGAUAUCAUUUUUACAGUCCGCGACCGUCACACGACUAAAACCGAAUAAAAUUUAAUUUGCACAUAUUUUAAUGUAAAUAUACGCUAUAAUGCUAUAUAAUAGUGAAUUACACACCGCGGCGAGUGACCCCAUAUAUCGUGACGACAACCGCCCACCAAGCGUACGGCGGUUGACAUCCCAGGGGUCCACGCCACUCAUGUCGCCUAUAAUAUAUGUAAUAUCCUAACAUGAUAUUAAAUGUCAGCUAUAGGUUCACGAAAUAUUAUCACAUCGCGACCGAGAUAAUAUAUUUUUGGCAACCGAAAGUUGUGUACCUACAGCUAAAAUAUUAUAAAAUAUAUUAUAUUGCUGCAGGUCUGCAGGAGCCGCUAUUAUAUAAUCCGUCAAUCCCGAGUAUUCCGACACUAUAUUAUAUACACUACAUAAACAAUCCGUUCGCGAUAAUCUUUCCAACCAGGUAUAUUAUAAUAUGAUCGGAAAAAAACUUACGAUCUGCGCGGUUCAUAAAAGAAUAUAGUUAUACGCACGUUAAAGAGAAUAAUCGUUUCAACUACAGACAGUACCUCUACAUGGACACACCACAUUAGUGUUGUAUGUAAAUCGGACGCUCGCGCAUACCGCGUUUGCAUCAUUUGUUGAACAAUAAGACGCGUACCUACUUACGUACAUAUAAUACUAUUGUCUUAAGGUCGCCGCUAGUAAAUAUAUUCGUUUUGUUCGCUACAGAAACCAUGCAUGUGUAAAUAAUACAGCAACUGCAUGUGUAAAUAAUUAUCGUCAUAUUUCAAAGCUAAUAACGAUUUCCAAAAUGAUUGCAUUUAAAUCGUUACAAUAUAAAUCUAUAUUCAUAUUAUACCUACUUAACAUAUUAUAUGGACGUUACACACAUUAUGUGCGCAAUUAUUGUUAUGCGAACAAAGGUCGAUGACUAUAUAUUAUAAUUUAUAACAUGUCAUAUUAUAUAUAUAUUUUUUUUAAUGUCUAUUAUCUAAUAGGCAAAUCGCCUUUCUAGAUAGAUGACAUAUUUUAUCUUUAUACAACUUGUUUUUUUUCCCAUUUUAUAUAUAUUACCUAUAUCAUAUUAUAUUUAUUAUUUAAGUACUAAAUUAAUAAUUUAAACGAGGAAUCCACCGAACACUAUAUUUUAAUAAGAAAUACAAAUAUUUUUGUGAUUAUACAUAGGUAUGUUAUAAACAUAAUAAUAUUAUAUAAUAUAUUUAUUUCAUUAUAGGUAAAACAAUAAUUUAUACAUAUAAAACACAUUGUAUGAAAAAA